GGGAGCAGAUUUUGUCCAACUAUAGCGAAAAAGAAAAGAAAGUGUAUUUUAGUUAACAGAAGACCAAACUAAUGGAAGUUAAAAAGUAAAGAUGCUUAUGUAGAGCUGUGACCAGUUGAGGCCUUUGAGAAAAUGGAAUUUCAUCGUUGGGAAAACGAUACAUCCAAGGUUAUUAGAUUAAUUUGAGCUGCAUUUUUGCAUCUAGGUGGCGAAGGGUGAAAUAAUACACUAUAAAAGGAUUGGAAGUGGCUGUGGAUGGAGGGGUCUGGCAGUCCUCGCUUCAGAAAGCUCCAUUUCCCAGUGGGUCUGUGGAUCAACUCCCCCAGGAAACACUUUGCCAAGCUAGGGGGUCGCUGGCCUAGUGCUAUCUCUGUGAAGUCGACCACCAGCUCUGACGCAGCCUCCCUCCACGAGGCCCCCUCUGCUCCUUCCUCUUCUCUUUCUAACUCCACCCCCUCGCUGGCUUCCCCCACCCCAUCCCCGUCUCCAUCCCCGGCCUUCCUCAGGCCGCGGCCUGCUGGGCCCCAGUCACGCACCAAACGCCUCUCCCAUCUCUUCCUGCGGGGGCGUUCCAACAGUGACCGGGACCGGGCGGUGGGGGAGAAGGAGAGAGAGGUAUGGGCCCAUUCGGCUGCCGCCUCCUCCCACCACUACCUGCCCCCUGCCUCCUCCUCUGCCCCAGGCCUGGUCAAGAUCUAUGGGGAUGCCCUCUCCAGUGGGGCCAACUAUCGCUCCCUACUGGCCAACAUUCACUCCACAGCCAGACAGCUCAUCGCCCAGGUCAUCACUCGAUACACAGAGAGAGAGAGGGAGGAGACAGAUGACGCAGUUCUCCAGAAACACAGCCCUGAGGACUUCCUGUUGUGUGAUGUCAUUGGAAAGCCCAUCCAGCAGCCAGAUGGAGCUAUCAAAUGGGAGACAGAGUGUCGGAGAAGCGUUGCCCCAUGGGAAUGUCCCUUGUUGUUAGUCGACAUGUGGCGGCCUAAAGACGGAUUUGAGCGGCGCUUUGAAAUCCAAAGGAAGGAAGACUAUGAGAGAGAGGAGAUGGAGCGGGAGAAGGAGCGGGAGAGGGAGGGGGAGAACUAUCAAGGUGUGCGCUGGCGGCGGAGCAGGAUGUCAUCAGGAGGGGGACCAGAGGAGAGUGAGCGCGGUCACCGUGGAAGGAACACAGAGCUCAGGAGGAGCAUCAGUGACAUGAACCUCAGUCUGCGGCGUCGCCAAGGCAACCAUGUCAGCAAUGACCCACGUGGGUCUGGCAACCGACCCAACAACAAUGGAAGAGUGCAGGACAGGAAGAACAUUGUGAGCAUGAUCAACCCGCAAGGAGAGAUUAGAGCAUCUAAAGCUGAAGCAAAGGUUGGGUGGACGAACCAGCCAGCACAGGACGAGACAGAUUACUCCAGCUGUGACCUGGAAGUGAUGUCACAAAGUUUGAUCCUUCCACCCACAGACCGGCCAUACUUCCUGUUGCUGCAGGGUUACGAUCAGAGCAAGGAUUUUGUUUUGUACAUCAUGGCGGGACAUACGCAUGUGUUUGGGAGAAAGCCCACAAUGAAGGAGAGAGAGAAGGAUAGAGAGAGAGAGAGGAAGGGGAAAAGGCCUCUGAAGGUGGACACAUUCCUGUCUGCGCCUGACCUUUUGGCCAGACACUUACUUAUCAGGAGAGACUCAGCUGUUCCCGAGACGUCCAAAGGACAAGCUCUGAUGCGGCCUUUCAGAGGAGGUGCUGUCACACACAACGGAGUGGCCCUUUACAGGGAGACAGUUCUAAAACCUGGGGAUGUGAUUGGUCUGGGAAAUCACUUCCUUUUCCUGUACCGUGACCCCCGUGUGACUCCAGCUCCGCCACUGGCAUUGACCCUGCCAUGGCAGGCUGAUGCCUCCACUACUUGCUGCCCCUCUGGGUUGGUGGACAAACAGGAGACACUGAGGCAGUAUCUUGGAUCUACCGAGGCAAUUUUGAAGUUCCAUCCCCGUCAUGCCGAUGCUUUGUUACAGGAUAUCAUCUCCAAGAAUUCCUCUCCGGACUCUGGUGGAGGGCCUUUAGCUCCUGCUUAUCUCCUGUCAAUCAUGAUAGACCAUGCCUCCAAACACCUUGAUCCUGUUCUCACACCACAGAUAUUACUCAAGGCAGCCAACCUAAUAAAAGAAAUUGUCUGGGAUAACAUUAAGGAAUUUGGGGAUAAGCAUCCCACGCAAAAUUCCACGGAGCAAGAAGGUGAGAUUAGCUUGCCCAAUGUCCAGAAACUGUCGUCUGACCUUCGACCCCUGAUGUUCUGGAUGUCAAAUGCCACAGAGCUGCUGAACUUCUUCCAAGUCAAAGUUGAAUCCAUGGAGAAAGAGUGGGAGUUUGAAGCCCCCGGGGACCCAGUGUUGACGGCUGACAUGGACACUUGUUCAGAGGCCCUGGCGCAACUAGACGAUGUCAUUAUGCACACCUUCCAGCAGUGUGUGUAUCACCUCACCAAGACCCUGUACUCGCUCCUUCCAGCUCUACUGGACAGCAACCCUUUCUCCAGGGAGGAGAAGGAGAAAGAAAAGGACGGAGCGCGGGGUGGAGAGGCAGAAGAGAAAAGAGAAGGAGAAGCAGAGGUGGAUGACGUGUCGGCUUUGCCACCCAAAGUUGCAGGGCUUGUGGAGGUGUAUCGCUGUUCCCUGAUGCUGUCGCGGGAAGCUUGUUUGUCUCCUCCGCUCACCUCCCAAACCUUUGGCUACCUCUUCUUCUUCACCAACACCUCUUUGCUUAACACUUUGCUGGAGAGAGAUGGGCUGUUUUCUUGGUCCAGAGCAGUCCAGAUCCGUACAAACUUGGACCUGGUUCUGGACUGGCUACAGGGGGCAGGAUUAGGGGACAUUGCCUCUGAGUUUAUGAAGAAGCUGUCAAUCACAGUUAACUUUCUGUGUAUUCCCAAGACCCGACUCAUUCAGUCAUCUUGGAGCAGUUUACAGGAGGACCAUACCUUGUUAAGCCCUGCCCAGCUGCACCAUCUACUCACUCAUUACAAGCUGGGACCAACCAGAGCCCCACCAGCAUCCUGGGGCCCUCCGCCUGGCACAGAGCUGAGUGGAGACAUAUUUGAGAGUUUCCUGGAUCACCCUCCUCUUAUCCUGCCAAAUGAGACUCCACGCCUUGACCUCUCCCAGCCAAUCCCGAGCCCUGAGCUCCAAAAGGAAGUGACACGUCUCCGCACCUUCUUGUGGGGACUUGACCAGGACGAGCUCCCCGCCAAUCAGAGGACUCGCCUUUGAGCAAGCCCAAAUUUGUCUCUUUAUGCAUAUCAUAUAGAAGUAAAACGGAUAUCACCAAAAGAAGCACAGAAAAUGCAAACUGGACAUGUUUUGCUGCCUGGUUGUGUGUUUGUUCAUGAUAUUUCCAUAUCAAUUCAUGUAUUCAUUUAGAUAUUUUCAAGUAAGAGAAAUACAUUGGCUUUGGUAUGUCUUUAUAGAAUUUAUUUUAAAGUGGGGAAUAAAAACCCCAUGUCAGGCUGGGCCACGUAGUGUUAUGCUUUACGUGACUGUUUUACUUGGCUUCCAUGUAUGUUUUUGAACUACUUGUUUUUAAUAAAAUGCUGAAUUCUCGUCUAAAAGA